CAUGCUGAAUAUACAGUAAUAGUAAGUGUUUAUCAGAUUCACGUUGAACACUUUGCUCCGGUCCGUUUGUCAUCAGGACUUGCAGUAAACGUCUGUAAGUCACGGCAUGGACGACGUUGUCAUUGUGACCGGUGCUAACAGUGGCAUUGGUCUGGCCUUAUGUGAAAGGCUGCUUGGCAGGGGUAACCAGCUGAGACUGUGUCUGGCCUGCAGAAAUAUGCAGCGAGCUGAGGCGGCCCGCUCUGCCCUGCUUAGUUCUCACCCCUCAGCCCAUGUGGACCUCCUGCACCUCGACGUCAGCUCGGUUCAGUCGGUCCUCGCCGCUGCUCAGGAGGUCAAGGCCAGGUAUAACCGACUGGACUAUAUGUACCUAAAUGCAGGAAUAAUGCCCAAUCCACAAGUGGACAUAAAAGCAUUUCUCAAGGGUCUAUUUUCCAGGAAUGUCAUCAACAUGUUUGCAACAGCAGAAGGUCUCCUUACUCAGCAGGAUCGCCUCAACUCUGAUGGUCUGCAGGAAGUGUUUGCCACCAACCUUUUCGGUCACUUCCUCCUGAUCAGGGAGCUCGAGCCUCUCCUGUGUCAGGCAGGUCACACCUCCAGGAUUGUGUGGUCUUCCUCCAGCAAUGCCCGGCGCUCGGCCUUCAGCAUGGAUGACAUCCAGCACAGGUGUGGCUCUGAGCCCUACAGCUCCUCCAAGUAUGCAUCAGACCUGCUCAGCUUUGCACUGAACAAACACAAGAACAGCCAGGGAUUGUUCUCCUCUGUGAUAUGCCCAGGACUAGUAAUGACCAAUCUGACCUAUGGCAUCCUGCCCUCCUUCUUCUGGACCCUCAUCAUGCCCAUCAUGUGGUUUAUUAGGAUCUUCACCAAUACAUUCACACUAACACCUUACAAUGGAGCAGAAGCCUUGUACUGGUUGUUUUUACAAAAGCCGGAGUCCCUGGACCCAAGGGCAAAGUAUCACAGCUUAACAUCAGGCUUUGGUACCAACUAUACACAGCCUCAACAGAUGGACAUUGAUGAGGAAAUGUCUGAGGCCCUUUAUAUAAAACUUCUUGGACUUGAGAAAGUUGUCAGAAGGAAACUAAAUGAAGACAACGCCGAUAAGGAAGCCUAUCGACAUUACCUGAAUGAGACAGAGUAACACCCAAGCAUCUCUUGUCCUUCCCCAGGCCCUCUAGAACCUGUUUGUGUUUUCAAUUUCUACCUCUCUGGGUAUGUUCACCGAUAUAGGCCUUUUUGCUCUCUUUGUACAUGGUAUAUCUGCUCAAUUUAAGAAAGAAAAGUCGAAAUUCGCUUAUUUGGAAGUUUUAAUGGAAAUCACAAGUCCUCACAGCCUAUCUUGAACGUUUAACACAACUCUCUUUUUAAGUCAAUAAACAAUUUAUCGGUCUGAAUUAUCACAGAAUAUCCAUCUCAACGUGAACAUUUUUGUUAAAUAAGCAACAGGAAGUGCAUUUCUACCAGAUUGUGACUAUUUAGUCACAGUUCAAAACCCCGUGUGACAUGGAUUAUGGGGAUAAUUGUUUUGCAGGCAUAGUGGAGCCUGGCUGCCGCUCGGACAGGGAGCAAAAUGUGACGGUGUGGCAUUUCCACACAGCAUUUUAAUCCAUCACCGACUGUCUUUCCACACUUUCAAAAUGGCUUUAAACUUUGGCUGUAUCAAAUGCUCACCAGAUAAAAAUAAAAACCAUUGGUUCUUGUUUGGC